UUGGCUCCUACACUUGCUUCUGACACAGCUGUGUUCACUAGCAACCGAGAAACAGACACAAUGGUGCACCUGACUGGUGAGGAGAAGGCUGCCGUCACCGGCCUGUGGGCGAAGGUGAAUGUAGAGGAGAUCGGUGGUGAGGCCCUGGGCAGGCUGCUGGUUGUCUACCCAUGGACCCAGAGGUUCUUUGACAGCUUUGGGGACCUGUCUUCUGCUUCUGCUAUUAUGGGUAACCCUAAGGUGAAGGCUCAUGGUGCCAAGGUGCUGCACUCCUUCAGCGAAGGCCUGAAUCACCUGGACAACCUCAAGGGCACCUUCGCCAAGCUGAGUGAGCUGCACUGCGACAAACUGCAUGUGGACCCCGAGAACUUCAGGCUCCUGGGCAACAUGAUUGUGAUUGCUCUGGCCCACCAUCACGGUGCGGAAUUCACCCCUCCUGUGCAGGCGGCCUUCCAGAAGGUGGUGGCUGGCGUGGCUAAUGCCCUAGCUCACAAGUACCAUUAAGCAUCCUUCUGCACUGUCCAGUUUGUGCAAAAGGUCUCUCCGUCCCCUGAGACCAGCUACUGAAUCCGGGAGAAAUUACGGAGUUCCUUGAACAUCUGGCUUCUGCCUAAUAAAGAACAUUUACUCUCUCUGCAA